AUGGCGGGCGGCGAUGCAGCGGCGCUAUCGGUACUGUCGAACAUCGAGGAGCUCUUCCGGUGCUUCAUCUGCAUGGCGCGGGUCGAGGGCGCGGUCAUGUGCCCGGCGUGCUCCAAAAUGGGCUGUCGCGCGUGCAUGUCGACGUGGCUGGUGCAGCGUGCUACGUGUCCGCACUGCCGGGCGCCGCUGCAGCUGGACGAGCUUGUGACCUGCCGGUUCAUGAACGAUCUGACCGACGAGCUGGACAAGGCGUACCUGGCGACAGCGUCGAGCUCUGCCUCUGCGGCGAUGGGCCUGCUGGCGUCGCCCCCGCGUGGUGGCGGGUCGCGGUCGCCAGGCGGGCGCCGCGGGGUAGUCGGUGGCGGGCGGGUUGCCGAGCCGUGCCCAGCCCACCCCGAUCAAGAGCUAGGAUACUACUGCGAGACGUGCGGGGUGGCGAUCUGCUCCGACUGUGCCAUGUUUGGCUCGACGCACACCGGGCACGCGUUCAACAAGCUUGAUGCGGUGUAUGCCAUCCACACGUCGCGAAUCCGGGUAGAGACCAACGCGCUGUCGGAGCGGCUGGAGCGGCUGCGGGCGGCGAUUGCAGGCAUCGACGAGAACAUCGAGGAGGUGACGAGGGCCAAGGAAGAGCGGAUGCUGGAGAUCCGCGACGCGGUCGACCAAAUGUACGCCCGGCUGGAGGCCGAGCUCAAGACCAAGCUUCUGGCGCUGCUUGCGCAAAAAGGCUCGAUGGCUGAGGAACUCGAGCUCAUUUCAUCGGUCCUCGGUGAGCUGGAGCGCCAGCUGAGUGCCGCGCCGCGGUCGCGGCUCAUUGCCAAGACCGACGAGCUGCUGGGUCUGCUGCGGGAGAUGUGCCAGCGGCCGUCGCUGGUAGCGGCAGUCGACGACAGCGAGGACGCGGCCGAGAGUGAGGCCGGGAGCUCGGCGCUGCACGUCUACGUCCCGCCGGUCUUUGCCUCUGAGAUUGUGCCCGAGUAUGCGUCGGGCGACUUUGUGCUGGCGUCGUUCUCGGCGCUCCGCGCGGCCGAGGACGUGGUGUUCUCGCAGCCGCUGGUGACCCACGGCCUCGCGUGGCGGCUCAAGGUCUACCCAAACGGCAACGGCAUCGCCCGCGGAACGCACCUCUCGGUCUUUCUGGAGAUGGCCGGCGGCCUCGUUGGCUCGGCGCGGUAUGAGUACCGGGUGGAGAUGCGCCAUUCCACCGCGCCGUCCCGCCCGCCGGUGGUCCGCGAGUAUACCUCGGAGUUUGAGGCCGGCGAGUGCUGGGGCUACAACAAGUUCUUCCGUCUCGACGCCCUCGAGGCCGAGGGCUUUGCCCGGUACAUCACCGCCCUCGAGAGCGAGGCUGCCCAACUGCGCGCCACCCUCCGCUCGCGCGCGCUUGCCCGCCAGCCGCCGCAAGUCCAGGCCCAGCAAGACGCGCAUCCGCUGCUGUUCGAUGACGUCGAGACGCUGGCCUCGUCCGGCUCGCGAUCGCCGGCAGCCGCGGUGCUCGCCUCGGCGGCCUCAUCGCCCGGCGGCAUCCGGUCCGCCGGCUCAUCGGCGUUGUGGUGGGAACGCGGUGACGGUGAUGGUGUUGAUGCUGAUGAGGACGGGGGUGGGGCUGGAGCUCACGCUGGGCCUGGCACUCGCUCGCCGCCACCGCCACCACUCCCGCCGCCGCCGCCGCCGUCGCUGCCGUCUCCGGCAACAGCGCCGCCGCUGGCGCCGGACUCGUUCUCGUCAUCCGACGACGACGAGGCGUCGCUGGCGCAGCCGCCGCCGGUGCCUACGCUACCGCCGGUGUCGGCGGUGGCGACCUCAGCACCGCCGCCGGUCCCUCAGCUGCCGCCGUCGAUCUUCUCAGCUCAGCCGCCGCGGGCGGCGCGAUCGCUAGCACCGACGCUGGACAUGGUAGACACCGGGGAAGGACUUGAGGCGCAAGUGUGCGGUGAUGAAGGACUGCACUCGCGGUCAUCGUCGCCGUUUAGCUCAUCGUCGACAAUGUCGAUGGAGUAG